AGGUAUACUACUGAUUGGUGGAGCCGCUGAAGCUCCGUUUGAAUUUAAGUUGACCGACUUGUCUAAAUUAAUUCAGUUUGGUUUCCAGUAUUUCACAUUUGAUUGGGAAAUAUUCUUCACUUGCACGUGUUUUCCUCUUGUGGUUAUCGUCUUUCUUUGAUGCGAUGCGUCACGAUUCAUCUACCAGUCGCCGGAAGGGGAAAACCCCUCAACAUCGCCCACCACUGGCGGCCCCUGAGACUUCUGGUUCAAACCCCCGCUCCCCAAGACGCAGUGGAGUUUCAGGCCAGCCCCCUGUGUCUCCCAGGAAGAGACGGUUUCGACCUGGGACCAGGGCCCUAAUGGAAAUCCGAAAGUACCAAAAGUCCACUGAUCUUCUGCUCAGGAAGGGACCCUUCGCUCGUCUAGUUCGUGAGGUGUGCGAGAGCUUCUCUGGUGAACAUCUGCGGUGGCAGGUCUUUGCUCUCAUGGCCCUGCAGGAGGCUGCGGAGGCGUUUCUCGUCAUGUUGUUCUCGGAUGCCAAUUUGUGUGCCAUCCAUGCCAAGCGGGUCACGCUGUUCCCCCGUGACAUUCAGCUGGCCAGAAGGAUCCGCGGGGUGGACAACCUGUAAAAUUGACUGUAAAUGAUUUUCAGUUCAGUCGGUUCCGAUGCUAUGUUUCAUCUGUUCAAAUGGGUUUUUACCAUUUUGUUCAACACUUUUGGAAUUUUGGUUUGUAAUUUCUUGGAAAGGGGAACAUUUUUCAUAAUUUUCCUGUGCAUGCAUUUUAGCUUCAAAUCCUCUUAAAGAGUUCACCUGUUAAUAUGAAAAUCAUCCUUGUCAGCAGUAUUUUAAAACCGUGAAUAUGUUAACAUGCUGCAUUUGUAUUAUCUUUGUUUUGAUAUUUAUGUUAUUUGAUUUGUACAUAUGGAUCCACAAUCAAGUACUUUUAUUCUCUUAAUAAACUGCAAGUUUUUUCAGUGACCUGUUUUUUUUGUCAUACUUUAAAUCUCAUUUGAUCUCUUUGUAGGAUGUGACGUUCACAUUUUAGCCAUUUGUGCCUGCCACUGAACAUUUUAUUUUUCUGAUCAGUCUCUCCGUGGGUUUACAUGCGUGGAAGAAAGAGGUUCCUAUUUGUUUUUGAGAUUCAGCAUUUGUUUUCUCAGAAUAAGGAUUCUGAGGUUUAACAGAUAUGGAAGACAUUUGACAAACUGAGUGUCUCUGUUGAAGUCUACUCCAAGAAACUAGAGGCUUGUCUCUAUGACUGCGAGUCGUUGAAAGGAAGUCUGACUCGUGCUUGGGAGGCUGAGGGAGAACUGCGGAUAUCGGCGAG